AUGUGACACUCCCCCAUUGCAUUAGAAACAGCCAAAGAAAACUUUCUUCUUUCUUCUACAAUCGUCUCUAUUCUAAGUUCUACUAGCCUAGUCUAUUUCAUUAUAUUGCCUUCGAUUUUCAACAUGCCCGGACAGGACGAGAUCUUUCUUCGUGCAUGGCGUGUUGAGGAUGAAGACUCUAUGGCUCAGUUCGACAGGCGCACAAAUGCUAUUUUGGCAAAAUCAAGGAGACGCGUCCCUAUGAAUGAGAGAUGCCGAAGGAUAUUGCUAAACCACCUCGACUGGUCUAGCAGGAGCCUAUCGCCCUUUAUUUCAGUAACAAAGAACAAAGCCUGGGCGUUCCGUGAAGCUCAGCGCCGGAUUUUGCAAGGAAAGACCGAUGUUGUUGUGCACGAGAUACGCGUCUCGAAGAGUCGUCUGCGCAGAUAUGAGAGGAGCGGGAAAGAGCUUGUGUACGGGCGCACCUUGACUUGGUUGCGUAGGGCCUGUACUGACCUUCCUGAAUGUGCCAAUUACGAAUCCACUGACUACGAAUCCCUUUUCCGGCAUCAAAUCCCGGGGAUAUUCAUCGUGAAGUCACUUAGGAUGUCAUAGGAAGAGGGGGAGAUGUUUGCUUCGCAGAAUCAAGCGAUUCGAGGUACCAAGGCUACGAUGUUGCGUUUGACUCGUUGAAACUGAAAAACAAGCGGAGGAGAUGGUUGGGCUUGACGGCGAUUUCUUGUUCCAGAAAAACCCUAUCCGUCCGGGAAUUCGAUUCGAGGCAGUAUGCUAUGCGCACUGCUCUCUUUUGGCUUUUGGACAGGUCGGGGAGAUGAAGCAAUAGUUACCCUGAAUUUCAAUGUUGGAUAUCACUAUCAAGAGAACCUUGUCUAAAAGUGUGGCCAC